AUGUCGGCCACGGGAGGUUUGAUGACCGAUUCCCUGAUGAUGGAGACGCUGAAGAUGGUACCUUCAAACUCGCAGGUAUUUUCAAUAGAAACGUUUUUAAUGGAGGCGUUGCUUGUGGGAAAGUUGUUGAUGGACGCAUUGCCAAUGGAGGUAUUAGAGAUGAGUGGCUUCGUAAUGUUUGCUUUGACGUUUCAAUCCUUGCUGUUGGAAGUAGCUGGGAUAAUGGUUUUCAUCUGGGGAGUAUUAAUGAUGGAAGCUUUUGAGCUGGAGCCAUUUGCAAUAGGUGUGAUGUUCAAUCUACUGGUCAUCUUCUUAAAGAAGAUACAGUUCACAGUGAAAAACGAGGUAUUCGAGAUUGUUUAUGAGUUAGUAUCUCAAUACUGGGAAAGAUAG